AUGACAGCAGACUUGGAAAAAUUCCACAACCAAGGAAUGCCAUACGAGGAAACUCUUGCUGUAGAAUCCCUACCCGAUAAGAAAACCGCUCCCCAGACAGAGCUGACUGACAUGCAUCAGGAAGACGCUACGGGUGGAUCCCACACGUGCAAGCAAUGUGGGUAUGCUGCUGAAAACAUGUCCAGCCUGGCCGUGCAUACCAGUAGACACACCGAUCGAAAACCCAACAAGUGUGACCAGUGUGACUAUUCUGCGAAGUGGAAAUGGCAGUUAGACCACCACAUUGCAAAACACCAUGAAAAACCGUACAUGUGUGAGAAACCCUACAAAUGUGAUAGGUGUGACUAUUCGGCUGCACAGAAAGGCAGUUUAAAACAACACAAGGCUAUACACACUAGUGAAAAACCCUAUAGCUACACGUGUGAUGAGUGCGGAUACACGACUGCUCAAAGGUCUAAACUAUCCCGACAUAUGAGGAGACAUACAGAUGAGAAACCCUACAAAUGUGAUGAGUGUGACUAUUCCGCUGCAUGGAAAUCUUCUGUGGACCGACACAUGGCUGAUAAACACAAUGGAGAAAAGUCUUACAUGUGUGAGAAGUGUGGGUACAGGACAGCUACAAAAUCUCGCCUAUCUCAACAUAUGAAAGUGCAUACUGGCGAAAAGCCCUACAAAUGUGAUCAGUGUGACUUUUCUUCGCCAUGGAAAAAGAGUUUAGGCACGCACAUGGCUAAGCACACUGGAAAGGACGAGCAUUUCUCUAGGCUGAUUCCUGCAGGAAUCGAGAAAAAUCCAACAGAAGAAAUGGCAACAGUACAUGGAAAAUUGCAGAACGAGAACCAGGAAAUGCCAUGCGAGCAAACGCUUGAUGUAGAGUCCUCACCCGACAAGAAAACUGUUUCACAGGCAGAGCUGGUGGACAAGCAUCAACAAGAAGGUUCCCACAUAUGCAAGCAAUGUGAGAAACCCUACAAAUGUGACAAGUGUGAGUAUUCUUCCGUAAGGAAAUCUACUUUACACCGACACAUGGCAACACACGGCGGAGAAAAACCCUACAUGUGA